CGGGCGAUCGGUAGUGGAGAAAACAAGUGUAUACGUCCAAAUGUUAUGCCAGCUUCCCUCUCUUACCCCCGUCCUUUUUCUUACUCCCCGACUCUCCUUUCCCUUCGCCUCUCUUCAUCCAUGCGCAGGAAAUAUGCGCAACCAGCUCUCCCCACGCUUUACUUCAGGGACGGCGUCCUCUCCGUCCCAGGUUACACUUUCGAUAGGGCUAACUUAUGGGAGGACACCGGAAGUAUGACCCUCCUCGCAGAGGGAACGAGUCUCAAGGAUGGCUCAAACGUACUCGCCAAGAUCGCGUCUGCACACUCCAAUGCUUCCAUGUGUUUAGAGCGAGAGGCGCAUAUCCUCGAGCGAUUAUCAACCUCGCCGGAAUCCUCCGUUGUUGCUCUUCGCCUAAUCGACUUCUUCACAGUUCCCAAAUCUAAUGGCGAUUGUGUCGUUCUUCUACUUGCACAUCCCGGCCUCAACAUCCUGGGGCGAUACUUUCCCUCAUCAAAAGUCAACGAUCUUCUUUUGGCAGACGUCUCAAGAACGCGUCCCUCGUUGUCUCAAGCGGAUAUUUACAUGAUGGGCAUGCAGGAGCCGAAUAUGCUGGAAGAGAUGGACCCUAUGGAUGUCAUGGACCUAGCCUCCUUUCUCGAGUUUGCCAUUCAGGCAACCCAUUGCCUGGAAAUGAUGCACAAAUUGGGCAUGAUUCAUCGAGAAGUGCGCGCAAACGCAUUUCAUCUAAAUGCGCACAGUAGUCUCGUACGGAUUGUCCACUUUGGCAACAGAGCAGUGUCUUUGGAGCACUUUGGCGUUCCUUCGGCUUUCGUGUUACGUGCGGAUGCUUUUGAAGAAGCCAAGAAGCUCAAAGUUAAGGAGUCCUUAUGUUAUCUUGCCCCGGAACAAACAGGUAGCAUGGAUGCUUUGGCGGAAGACCACAGAACAGAUCUAUACUCUCUGGGAAUCGUUUUCUGGACAUUGCUCGUUGGAAGAGGUACAAUGCCUUUCGAAGGUGGCCCACUUGAACUCUUGCACGCUAUUGUGCAGAAACGACCGAUGCCAGUGCAUGAAGUACGCAGAGAUAUUCCCCAAGUGCUUGCUCUGAUCAUAGAGAAGCUUCUUGCCAAGAAUCCAGAUGCGCGGUAUCAAAGUGCGCAUGGCCUGAAGGCUGACUUGUUACAAUGUCAGCGUCGGUUGCUCUCAGCAGUCACAUUGGCGACGGACGAGUCUCAAGAACUUAUACCUUAUUUCGACAUUGCCACGCAAGACAGAUACAUGGAAUUCACCAUUCCAUCUCCUCUUUUCGGCCGCGACAAAGAACUAGAAAUAGUUCGCAACGUUAUCCGCCACACCUCCACCAGCUUUUCUCGGCACAUAGGCGCAUCGCGUGGGUCUAUCGUCGUCGAUUCCUCUCCCUCCGCAUCUCAUUCCAACGCAGGCGAUAACGAUACACGAUCUGAGUCCAUGUCUUCUUCGAAAUCCGAUGACGCUUCAUUACAGCAGUCAGGAUUGGUUGUUUCUCCGACGACGAGCAGUGCGAACGUGGGUACUGCUUAUUCCAGUGACAUGAGUGUUAUGAAUGUGUCGACGGGCAGCCCGAAGACAAAUGGCGUUGGUGUCGGGACGAGGGACUCUAGCAUGACAUUGAGUACAACCGGAAGUCCAGCUAUUAGUGGAAAUGAUAGCUUGAGAAGAGCGGCUUUGGGGCCUACCAGGAGGCCAAGAACACAUGCGGUUGUCAUCACUGGUCCACCUGGCGCUGGUAAGAGUUCAUUAGUGUUGGCGAAUCAAGCGAAGUGGAGAUCGCAUGGGUUAUGGGGUCAAGCAAGAUUCCAGGAAACAGAAUCCGCCCCGUUCUCGAGUCUCCUUGCUUGCUUAUCCUCUGUACUCCGCCAACUAAUCGUCUUCCAUACCGACCUCCACCGAUUCGUCACCGCACUCCGAGCACGCCUUGGACCCCAACUUCAGAAUGUCCCAUUACUUUAUGAAGGCGCACCAGAACUACAAGAUAUUUUAAAUUUAUUUGACAUCAAGGUUGAGAUGCCGGUAGAGACCCUCGAAACACAUGAGUUGCGAGCGAGGUUCCAGAGUCUGGUAGAAGGUGUAUUUGCGGUGCUGGCGGAGACCAGGUUGCUUGCGUUGUUCUUGGAUGAUCUGCAUGAGGCCAGUGAAUCUUCAUUGGACUUGAUCAAUGCAUUGAUCAAUUCAAGGAGUCGGAUGCUGGUCUUCAUCACCGCUCGCUCAGACAAGCCUGUUUUGAUCGAGCGGCUGAGGGGCAUGUUCUCGAGUCGUUCAGCUACCUGGAUAAUUCUUGAAUCACUCAGCAUAUCAGCAGUUUCUACACUCAUAUCUCGUACACUUCAUCGUUCGAAAGACGAAUGUGCCGCGUUGUCAAGACUGAUUCAUGCGGCAUCGCAAGGGAAUGCUUUCUCCGUCAGGAACAUCUUGAUGACUAUGUACAGGCAGGGGCACAUCACGUUCAACCUGGAUACAAACAAUUGGGUUUUCGACUUUCCGACGAUCGAGAAUGUCCUCUUGGAUAAGAAGAUGGUCGCCGACCCAAACAACUUGUCGUAUCUCCUUUCUCAUCUACGCGAAUUGCCUGAAGAUUCCCGUAAAUACAUCGUCUGGGCUUCCUUCUUCGGAGCGACCUUUCAAAUCACUGAAGUUGCGCUCAUGAUGGACUGGGACGACUCAAGUGGCAGCAGUAGCGAGGACGAUAGCAAUGAGUCCAUGUACAAGGCCUCGAAGGACGUCAACGACAUACGUGUGCUGAAUACCACACGAGGAUCCAUGCGUGGAUUACAGAGAGCUAUUCAGGAAGGCUGGCUGAUCCAACGUGGUCGUGAUAUGUGCACUUUUGCGCAUGAUAGGUACCGCCACGCCGCCCAGGCUGAAGCUGACACCUUACCCGAGGGGAAUAUUGCAAAAAUGUCGUUGAGAAUUAUACUCAUGAUGUUACAUGAUGACUCCCCGGACGUGUACCGAAUAGCAGAACACGCGAAACGAUGCCUUCCUCUGUUGCGCGAGCAUCCGAAACGAGACGAACUGCUUGAGUUACUCAUUGGUGCUGGUGACUCGGCACGAGCUCGCGGUGCUCAUGAGUUGGCACUCCAAUCAUAUGUCAACGCGUAUUCACUUCUGGAAGCUAACCCUUGGAAGACGAACCAUACGAGAACAAUGUCGCUAUGUCUGAAGCUUGCAGAACUUCUGACGUGGAAGGGUGAUUUCGACAAGGCCGAUCAAUAUAUCUCGAGCUGUCUUGAUAAGGUCGACGAUGCAGAGAACAAAGCCCGAAUUUUACGGCUGCGUUCUCGUGUGCAUUGGAUGCGAGGAAACUAUACCGCCGCACUCGGGGACACCAUUCUUGGAUUGCAUCUUCUUGGAGUAGAAGUCAAUGCCAAUCCCACACGUCGCGAGGCAGAUGAAUUGUUUGAGCAGGUCAAGAAUGAGAUCUUGGCUGUGGGCUUUGAGGAUAUCUUGGCCAUCCCUCGUGCACGCGACCCGCGGACCGAUCUCGCAAUCGCUUUACUCAAUGACGGUGGUACCAAUGCUUAUUGGAGCACAGGUGAAGGCUUCUCUGAUGUGAUCGGUCUCAAGACAAUCCAGAUUGCAUUGCGAGAGGGAAUCUGUUCAGGAACAGCUUUGGGUUUCUUCUGGGCACUGGCUGCUGCCGCAGAAAGGAGGGAGCUUUAUCGUUUCUCCGCCGAUUUGGGCAAGUUAGCACUUCGUAUAGCCGAUCAAUACGGAUCGAGCUCUGAGAAAUGCCGUGCUCUCGUGCUCUACUGCGCAAUGGUGUCUGGAUAUGAUAACGUCCAUAUACGAAGUUCUCUCCCUCGUGCUGAAGAGGCUCUGAAAUAUGCUCAAAGUGCCGGUGACAGAAUUUACACCUGCUUUGCCAGUAUACACAUCACGAAGAUCAAGUUAUACAUCUGUGAACACCUCAGUGAGCUUUUAGUCCUGGCGGAAGAGUCUUUAAGCGACAUCACUCUAUGGUCGAAUGAUGGGGAUCUUACUAUUCUCGCUCAAGGCCAGCUGAAUUGUAUCCGGGCGCUGGCAGGAUGUACAUACGCUCAGUCUGCGGAUACUGCCUUUGAUACAGAUACCUUCACGGAGAAAGAAUACCUUGAAUAUAUUCACGAGAAAUGCGGCAACUUGCCUGUCACCAUGAACUGGUAUAAUUCUAUGAAGGUUGCGGGGCUAUUUUGUUUGGGCUUCGUUGAUGAGGCAGCCGAACUCGGAUUCUCUGUAUGGAGGACAAGAGACAAGCAUCCUAAGGGCUUCAGCCAUAGACACAUUCGCUAUAGUCUGUUCUUCCACUCCUUGGCGAUGAUUGCUUGUCUUCGUAAGGGACAUUUGAUGGACGCCGUUCGUCAUCGAUAUCUGAAGCAGAUAGAAGCUAACCAGUCAUAUAUUCGAAAGUGGCUUUCGCCUAGCGCAGUCAACACAAGUACUUGGGUAGCCAUCAUUGACGCGGAGAUGGCAUCUUUCAUGAAUAGUCCAGAUGCGUUCAAGUUGUACGACAUCGCAGUAAAGCUUGCUGUUAACAACGACUGGCUUAUGGAAGAAGGAUGGGCAUCAUAUUUGCAAGGAUGUCAUUUCAUCCGUUGUGGGGUCGAAGGCCUUGGCAGCGAGCUUCAAAGACGAGGGAUUGCGCGGCACGCACAGUGGGGUGCUCAUGGGAUCGUGGACAACCUAUCUUCAAGUCUGGAUAACCGUUCUCAGUUCUCGCUCAAACGUCACAUGUUUUCAUCAGAUGUUGCUGUGCAAACGGAGAAUGUCGUUGUUACUGCCGCGGGGCAGUCGCAAGAUCCAUGUGAGAGGCAGAAGGAUGACGAUCAGCUUUCUACUUUGAGUGCGCAGGAUCUUGGAUCUAUCCUGAAGUGGAGUAAGGAGAUUUCCAGCGACAUCAAUCUUACCAUUGCUUUGCAAAGGCUCACUGAGAUUGCUACCGAGAAUUCUGGCAGUCAAAAUACAUGUGUCGUAAUUGCUAGGGAAGUGGGAGACUAUACGGUCGCUACCAGUAUGGUACCUCCAGACAUUUGUCAGGUUCAUGAGAACCCAGUACCAGUGCGAGCCAUCGUUGAUCCUUUGCAACGAGCGGUUCUUCAGUACGCACUGAAUACCAAAGAACGGAUCUUUCUUGAAGAUGUGUCGUCGGAACCACGGUUCUCAUCCGAAGCUCGACAAAGUCCUCACAGAUCUGUGGUUUGUUUGCCGAUUGUCAGCAAUCGCAACCAAACUUUUGGCGCGAUCUACUUGGCUUCCAAAUAUGCCUUCUCCCCGAACACAGUGACCAUAUUGAUACAUCUUUGUGAACAAGCGAGCAUUGGUAUUGCAAAUGCCUUGCUUUUCCGAUCAGUACAAGCGGGCACGCGAGAGAAUCUCAAGAUGAUUGCCACCCAGAGAGAGGCACUGGAAGCUGCUAGGAAAAGUCGUGAAGAUGCUCUGAAGGCCACAAAGAUCAAGAGCAACUUCCUUGCAUCCAUGAGCCAUGAAUUGAGGACACCUUUUAGUUCCUUUUACGGGCUCUUAGAUAUACUGAGUGGGACUGAACUAAAUUCUGGACAGGGAGAGAUAGUACAAACUGCAAAACAGUCUUGUGAGCUUCUGCUCAAGAUCAUCGACUCAAUCCUGGAUUAUAGCAAGUUGGAGGCUUCAGCCUUGAAGCUGGAAUUCUCUGGCUUUGCAGUCGAGAAUAUCAUCGCCGAUUGCAUGGAGUUACUGCUACCUAUGGCCGCGAAGAAACUUGACCUUUCGUUUGAUAUCGCAUCUGACGUUCCCGCUUGGGUCAAAGCAGACUAUGCACGUAUUCGUCAAGUUCUCAUGAAUCUCAUUGGAAAUGCGGUGAAAUUUACAGCGGGUGGAUCAGUCCGCGUCACAUGUUCGGUCGACAGCCAUACGCCUUCCUCCUCCGAUGAGGUCCACCUCAAAUUCAUGAUACAGGAUACCGGAAUUGGUCUCAGCUCAAGCGAUGUUGAUUUGUUGUUUGUACCAUUCCAGCAAGCAGACAAUUCGUCAACAAGACGUUUUGGUGGAACUGGACUGGGUCUUUCUAUCUCCCGACAGCUGGUCAAGCUCAUGGGUGGUGCCAUCGGCGUACAGUCAGAGCUUGGUAUUGGCUCCAUCUUCUGGUUCACAAUCCCAGUUCAGAUCUAUGACUCUGAUGAUUCGAAGGCUGCUUUGCAGGAAAUCGAGGCUCUGCAUGCUCAACUUGUGACUCCCCGGCCGCCACAUGUUCUGAUCAUUUCUGAAUCAUCGCCCACUGUCUCUCUCUUGCACACCAUGCUCAAUGACUUCUCCGUUGCCUCGGUCCCCUCAAGAGAGCAAGCCGAAACAUAUCUAUUCAACGCACAGUCCAGCAGCUCACAACUCGAUUUUGUGAUCUUUGAUAGCCAGUCAGAGAAUGGGGCUGAUGAACUCUCGCGUUACCUCCAUUCAAUACCAUCCGAUAACUUCAAAGCCACAAAGCUAAUUCAUCUCUACACCCCAACUACGGACACUCUCACCGGUCAUACCACCUUCCGAAGCGAUUCUCCGUUCGUUGUUCGGAUGACCAAACCGCCUCGCAGGGCAAGGCUGCUUCAAACGCUUUUAUCCGCGAAUAACCCUUCAAAACGCCCUCCAACGGGAAGUGGUGGAAUUGCACGGGCCAGUUCAGAUGAUGCGUUAACUCAUCGGACACUUUAUGGGACUGUGCUCAUCGCCGAAGAUAAUCCCGUCGCGCAGAAGUUGCUUAUCAAACAACUGGAACGAUACGAUAUCCAGGUUGUAGCAACGUCUAAUGGAGAAGAAGCAGUUGCAGAGUGGGAAUCACAUGUUCCUGGUUACUUUAGUGCUGCCUUAUUUGACCAUCAUAUGCCAAUAUGCGAUGGCGUUGAGGCAUGCAAGCGCAUUCGAGUCUUAGAGAAUAAACGUAAUAAUGACAUCAUCUUACCCAUUAUCGCUCUGAGUGCCGACUGCCAAGAUUCGACAAAGCAGCUGUGUCUCAGCGCGGGUAUGAAUUCGUUCCUGAGCAAGCCUUUGAGGAAAGGUGACCUCAUCAGUCUGUUGACCACAUAUGGACAAGCACCACCAACAAACGCCCCGGACUUGACAAUUUCCGCUUCAUGACCCUGUUGUACACAUACCUUGUUUAUCUCGUCGUCUCUUGCUUUGUUGCAUUUCACUCGCGCUUAUAUUGUAUUACAUCCUAUUGUUCACUAGAUCGUCGUCACAACGACUCGCCAUUCGCAAGCUGUUCAACAUAACUGGAAUCUGUAGCGUAGUAUAUUUCUGCUGUCUUCACUGUAAAAACUAUAACAUUAUAUUUAUCUGAAUAUAUCUAGCUUAAGUUGAGUUAGGAUUACCGGUCCUGCUAGCGCUGACUUGACAGCCCAUAGUAUUGGCGAGCCUAUGUCUGAACUUGA